AUGUUAGAUUGGGAGAGGCCUAAAACAGUAAAGGACUUGAGGGGAUUUCUAGAGUUGACUGGCUAUUAUAGAAGGUUUGUCAAGGAUUAUGGAAAAAUUGCCAAGCCUUUGACAAAAUUGUUGAAGAAGGGAGAGUUCUCGUGGAACGAGAGAGCAGAGGAGGCUUUGAGCAAGUUGAAAAGGGCCAUUACUACUGCCCAGUACUUAUACAAGGCGAGGGUUACUAAUAAAGCAGCAGACGCUCUGUCCCGGAAGAAUGAGGGGAAUAACGAUGAGGAGAAGGAGCUAUGUGUAUUAGCUAGACCAUACUGGAAAGAUUUUGAGGAAAUUGUGAAGGAAGUGGAGGAGGAUGAGAUCUUACAAAAGGUGAUAGAUGACAUUAGAAGGGAUCCGAACACUCACCCAACUUGUACGCUAGAACGGGAAAGACUAGGGGGACAUUCUGGGGUGUAUAGGACAUAUCGCAAGGUAGCUCGAUCCUUGUAUUGGAUUGGCAUGAAAAAGGAUGUGACCGGUUUUUUUGCCAGCUAUCUGGGCUACGAUGCUAUCUUGGUUGUGGUAGAUCACCUUAGCAAGUAUGGACACUUCCUGCCACUCAAGCACCCUUAUAUGGCUCGUACUAUUGCAGACAUAUUUGUUAAGGAAAUAGUCAAGCUGCAUGGAGUACCCAUUUCCAUUGGCACUCAAUUGAAGAUGAGCACGGCGUACCAUCCGGAAUCUUAUGGGCAGAUGGAGAUGCUAAACAGAGUGUUGGAGGGCUAUUUAAGGUGUUUCUAUUCUGAGAAACCCCGAGGGUGGAUGACAGUUUUACCAUGGACUGAGUAUUUAUACAAUACCAAUUAUCAAGGAACAAUAAGAUGUACCCCUUUUGAAGCAGUAUAUGGGAGAUCUCCUCCUUCCUUGCAUAGGUUUAUACCGGGCAAGUCUUUAGUGGAGGUUGUGAGUCAGGAAUUGCAAACCAGGGAUGAAGCUUUGAGGGAUCAUCAAGGAUCAAUAGGAAGAUGA